CACCAUUUAUAAAUUCAUAAACAAGAUAAACAUAAUUUCCACUAACAGAAGCACCAUGAAGCUUCACUAAACUCGCAUGGUGAGACUUACAGAUGAGAGAGAGUUUUUUCUUGAGCUCCGAAUUAUCAAUGGAUCGUCGAAGUUUACGUUGUGUUACAAUUGAUAGUUUAUUAUCAAUUAAACAUUUCCAUGAAGCUGAAGAAGAUGAAGAUGAAAUGGGUUUUAAUAGAAAUUUUUUUGUUGCAGAACGAAUUUCAGAUGAAGAUGAAAUGGCUUUACCAUGCAUAGUCUCUCCAUAGAAAUCUUAAAAAAAUGGCGAAACAUGAAGAUCAACCAGUGCCAAUUUAUUCAUGCCUGAACCCCGUUUAUGGCGAUGGUUCCCUUCUGGAAGAAGCCAAACUACGUUUUGACAAAAUCAAGUCAAAAUUCCAACAAGUUUUCUCUCAUCCUCCAGAUAUCUUCGCUCGAUCUCCAGGUCGAGUUAAUUUGAUCGGGGAACAUAUUGAUUAUGAGGGGUACUCGGUGUUGCCAAUGGCGAUUAGACAAGACACCAUUGUUGCGAUCAGAAAGAGAGGUGGAGAUGAAGAAAAGAUUAUUCGAAUUACGAAUCUUAAUGAUGAAAAAUACUCAAUGUGCACUUAUGCUGCUGAUUUUAACCAGGAACUUGACUUGAAGAAUCUCAAAUGGGGUCACUAUUUCAUUUGUGGGUAUAAAGGUUACUAUGAAUAUGCGAAAUCGAAAGGUUUAAUUGUUGGUGAACCUGUAGGCCUUGAUAUUCUGGUAGAUGGAACAGUUCCAACUGGUUCUGGAUUGUCAAGCUCAGCAGCAUUUGUUUGCUCUUCUACAAUUGCUAUAAUGGCUGCUUUUGGGGUGAACUUUCCUAAGAAAGAAAUUGCACAACUCACUUGUGAAUGUGAGCGCCAUAUCGGGACACAGUCUGGUGGAAUGGAUCAGGCAAUCUCUGUCAUGGCCCAGACUGGAUUUGCAGAGUUGAUAGAUUUUAAUCCUAUUCGUGCAACUGAUGUAAAACUUCCGGCUGGGGGAUCAUUUGUAAUAGCCCAUUCAUUGGCAGAAUCGCAGAAAGCUGUCACUGCUGCCACAAACUACAACAAUCGCGUUGUUGAAUGCAGACUUGCUGCAAUUGUGUUGGGUAUUAAGCUUGGAAUGCACCCAAAAGAGGCAGUAUCCAAAGUCAAAACACUUUCUGAUGUUGAAGGUCUGUGUAUGUCCUUUGCUGGCACUCGUGGCUCCACUGAUCCUGUUCUAGCUGUCAAGGAGAAUUUGAAAGAAGAACCAUAUACUGCUGAAGACAUUGAGAAGAUCACUAAUGAAAGUUUGCCAUCAAUCUUUAGUGACUCACCAUCUUCUUUGGAUGUUUUGAAGGCAGCCCAACACUACAAGUUGCAUCAGAGAGCCGCUCAUGUGUACUCCGAAGCUAAAAGGGUAUAUGGCUUCAAGGAUACAGUGUCAUCAGAUUUGAGUGAGGAGGAUAUGCUUAAGAGGCUUGGUGACCUUAUGAACGAGAGUCACUAUAGCUGCAGUGUUCUCUAUGAAUGCAGUUGUCCCGAAUUGGAAGAACUUGUGAAAAUUGCUCGCGAGAAAGGUGCUCUUGGGUCCAGGUUGACGGGUGCUGGAUGGGGUGGCUGCACAGUUUCCUUGGUAAAGGAAAGUGAUGUACCACAUUUUAUCCUUGAUUUGAAGGAGCACUUCUACCAGUCGAGGAUUGACAAAGGUGUGAUAAGCAACAACGACCUCGGUCUAUAUGUUUUUGCUUCAAAACCAGCUAGUGGUGCUGCAAUCUUCAAGUUUUAGUGUUGUUUUUCUUGUUCAGCAUUGUACUCUUUUAUGUAUAUUAUUGAGUUUUAUGUAUAUUAUUUAUAUUUGUGGAGUGAA